GAUCGAUUUAUUUCAUGCAUCAUUUAAUCGGAAAACAGAAAAGAAGAAAACAUCAAAUGCUAUUUUGAUUUUUUUGUUUUAUUAACAAAUGCACGAACUAAAAAAGUAAGGAUAUCAUAGGAGCGUGUUUUUAUUUAAUAAGAUUGAUAUAAUCGAUUUCACGGCUGUAAUGGGGAAAGGCGAAAACGGUGCGGUCAAGGGGUUUGCUAUAUGUGGAGCUGCGUGUUUAUGUUGCUGUGUAGUUGGAGUCGUUCUGGGGCUAUUUGGAAUCGGAAUUGCCAAAAUAGUCAUGGGAGCGGUCCACAUAGACGACUGUCCGUUGGAGAGACUUAUCCCCAUCUGGCUGAUCGUGAGCGGGGUCGCCCCCAUCUUCUUUAGCGGCACGGUGCGCAAACCGAAGGGAGAAGAGGGGAAGGAGGAGACGGAGACGGAGACCGGAGGUUGCGCACAUGUGGCGCGAAGCAUCUGUGGGGCGAUUGCGCUGGUGUUUAAUCUUGCAUGGCUCAUUUGUGGGUCUGUAUGGAUCUACCCAACCUACGGCAAGGUAAACGAGGACGGAUUUACUCCCUGUGCUGGAAACGUUACGACGGGCUGCUCUGACGACUGCCAUAAGCCGACUUUGACCUUUGCUUUUGCUAUGGUGACCAUGGACUGGAUAUUCUUUGCAUUCUGGUUAAUUGCUAUUGGUUGCAGUGUGCGCCAAGUUUUGGCAAAGGCGAAAGAAUCGCAAAAUUUAAACGGCUGAUUUUGCUCGUGUUAGAAAUUUUUCAUUCAAGUUCUUUAUGUAUCUUUCAGAUUAUUACCGCAUUACCGACUUUUCCAUCGUUUAUACCUGUACGAGUUUUAUAAAAUCAGAUGAAAAUCUCUCUCGCUACUAAAGUGGAGAGAACUCUUGAAGAAAACUGCAUACACUAAAUACCUCAUAAGACAAGUAUUUUUGUAAUUGUUUUUGUUGUAAAUGUGUUUAUUUUGUUAAGUGAUACGGAUUUUAAUGGAUUGGAAUGGAGAAAAAUACUCAUGCUAUAUAUUUAUAUAUUGAUUUCAAGUAUAGAUUCCAAACGUAAAUUUAAUAUGUUUCCAUCUUGGGUUAAAGACUUGGAUAAAUACGUGUUGUUUAUAAACAACACGGUUUCUUUUCUCUCUUUAAUAACUAGUUAAAUGAUGUUGAUGUUAAUAACAUAAAGAGCUCUUUGUUUUACGCUAUAACUUUAAAAUGUUGAAAAUACAAAAUAUCAACUUAAACUACCUAGCUUUAAGUACAUGUAAUAUCACCUUGGUUUACGAAGAGUCUAAAGACAGUCUCAGACUCCGAAAAUGAAAUAUUUAAAAUCUGAAGAAAAUUCAUUUACAUGACUUUUUCGCAAAGAACUAUGGUUACGAGAUUUACGAUUCAAGUUUCACAUCAACACUCGCCAUGAAGAAAAUUUACAAUAAAAAUGAAAUUUUGCGUCUUGCGCUUGAGCUCAGACUUGAGACUAUGCACAUAAACAUGUUGUACUUAAGAACUGCCCCAACUUGGAGUUCUGGCAAAACUGUAAAUCAUCAUUUCAUUUUAAUUUUCCUAUCUGAGUAUUGGUAGUGAAUCUUGCUGAUUAUUUUCUAAAUAUAAAAUUAUUAUUGUUGUUGUUGUUGUUGUUUUCUGGCCGUUAAUAAACAUGGACCAUGGCUGUUUAAAAACAUGGAUUACGCAAUAACACGUUUGUAUUGUUAAGUGUUAUUUUGUUUCAGUGACUCGUUUUCUUUUCAAACUUUUGUCAGUGUAUAUAAGACUCAUGUUUAAUGUAUAGAUGGCAAUACCAGUCAAAGAAGGAAAUGGAUACCUUUAAGCCUUUGGCUUUCUCCACAAACCUUUAUAUUUAUAUAGGUAGUAUUACCUGGGCUUUGCAAUAUGCACAUUGCCUCUUGCAACUUAUGGA